UCCAAGCUAACCAAAAUGUUCAUCAGGUGCUUUCUGCUUCUAUGGAUAUUCAAUUUCCUGUCUGCUGGACGAGUGCCCCAGCCUGAAGAACGUAUUAUUGGUGGAGGCCCUAUUGAAAUCGAACAGUCUCCCUGGCAGGUAUCUUUACAGGUAGAAGGGGUAUACAUAUGUGGUGGUUCCAUUUACAGCAAAGAUAUCAUUAUUACUGCUGCCCACUGCACUGAAAAGGAGGAUAAACAACUUGAGGCCAAGGAUUUUCUUGUUCGCGCCGGCUCCGCAUUGAAAAAUUCCGGAGGAACUCUAAGCAAAGUGGCCACCCUUAUACUCCAUGAAGAGUAUCAUUCGAAAAAUUUGCUUAACGACAUUGCCAUCAUGCGGCUGAGCCAACCACUUGAGCUAAGCCACAAAGUUCAGACUAUUCCUUUGGCCGAAAGAUAUCCUGUUCCUGGAACUAUUGCAUUCACUUCUGGCUCGGGAGAAGCGUUAGAUGAAGAUGGGACUCCAAUAGGUCCUAUAAAGCUGCAAGGCACAUUCCUUCGUAUUCAACCGCUACAUACUUGUACCAAUCUUUUCUUUACAAGACGUGAUUUAAUUUGCGCCGGCUCUUCUGGACAAACAGCCUGUAUAGGCGACUCUGGUGGACCAUUGAUUGUAGACCAAAAACUUGUGGGUGUCACAUCAUUCCAAGGUUGCAUUGAUCCUACACUCUUCGCCAAUGUUCCUUACUUCAGAAAAUGGAUAUUAGACACUAUUAAUUAUAUUUAAAACA